AAAUGUCAUAGCUAAAACUUCAAGUAAAAGGAUAAAAUAUUUUAGCACUGCUCUAGUUCAUGUGUUUAGAGUUCUUAAUGUAAGAUUGAACCAAUGAUACAUGGAAAGUAGACAGAUAGGAUAAGUGCAUAGCAAUAGGAGAAUUUAAUAAAUUUGGGGAAUUCAGAUUAGAAGAGAAGAAACACUUAUGCUGGUGAUCGUUUUAUUCCAAUGAUAAAGAAGAAAUUCAAUAUUCUAUCAGAAACAAAGGCUCCUGCUUAAGAUAUAGCAUCAUCAUAAGCAGCCUUAGAAAUGCUAUAUAAACAAUAAAUUCUUGAUUAGGAGCCAGUGAUGGAACCAGAGAAUGGUUCAUUGAAGUUUGUGAAUCAAAAUAAUUUUUAAUACAAGAAUGAUCAUGUUCAUUAUAUAGAUUCAAUAGAUCCAAAAAAUUACAAUAGGUAAUUAAAUUUAUAAAAUAAUAAAAAGUCCUUUAGUAGAUCAUAAAUACUUUGCAUUGCCAGAGACAAUGUCAAGUUAUUAUGGGAAAUAUAUAAGAAAGAUAGCAAAAGUUCCAUUUAAAGUUUUAGAUGCUCCAUAAUUAUAAGAUGAUUUCUAUUUAAAUUUGAUAGAUUGGAGUAAUUAAAAUACACUUUCAGUGGCAUUGAGUAAUUGUGUAUAUUUAUGGUAAAAUAAUAUGAUAAAAAUUAGGAAUGCUUAAUCAUCUAAAGUAACAAAAUUACUUGAUUUAAGUAAUGAUAUAGUGACUAGUGUAGGAUGGUCAUUAAGAGGUCCAUUUUUAGGAGUUGGAACAAAUAAUGGAGAAGUAUAAAUAUGGGAUGCAUGUAAAUUAUAAAAAGUAAGAACUUAUAAAAGUCAUGUUGCAAGAGUAGGUACUCUAUGUUUUGCUGAAAGUAUGUUAAGUAGUGGCUCAAGAGAUAAAUCAAUAUUAUAAAGAGAUUUAAGAUAAAAGGAGGAUUACUUUUUUAAAUAGACUGCUCAUAAAUAAGAAGUUUGUGGAUUAAAAUGGUCACCAGACAGUUAAUUAUUAGCUUCAGGAGGAAAUGAUAAUAAACUUUAUAUUUGGAGUGCAUCAUAACAUGACAAACCUAUAUUUAAAUUUACAGAACAUUAAGCAGCUGUUAAAGCUAUAGCUUGGAGUCCUCAUCAACAUGGAUUAUUAGCAAGUGGAGGUGGAACUGCAGAUAAAACUAUUAGAUUUUGGAAUGCUUUAGAAGGAAAAUUAUUAUUAAAAGAAGACACUGGAAGUUAAGUGUGUAAUUUGAUGUUUAGUAAAAUGGAUAAUGAAUUAAUUUCUACUCAUGGUUACAGUUAACAUUAGAUUAUACUUUGGAAAUGUAAUGGAAUGAAAAGAAUUGCUACUUUGGUUGGGCACACUAGUCGGUAAUUAUCUUAUUAAAUUUUUAGAGUUCUAUAUUUAGCAAUGUCUCCUGAUGGCUAUACCAUUGUAACUGGAGCGGGAGAUGAAACAUUAAGAUUUUGGAACAUCUAUCCUUAAUGUCUUAGUGAAUCAUAAAAUAAUAAAUGCGCAUUGGUUCCAUAAAAUAUCAGUAUACGUUGACAUGAUUAACUUUUAU